AUGGCAGACGAACACAGCCGCGCUCCCUCCGACGUCAACCCACAGGAGAUAUUAGCAAUUAAUGAGGCCCUCAAGGCCGAGAACCAAAGGAUGGCCGAGCUCCUGCGUCAGAUGGAGCACAAUCACGCGAAAGGCGAACGCAAAAAUGCCGAACAAGAGGAAGACAACAACGAGCACUCCUCCGAGACCAAGCAAACCACACCCAAAACGACAAAAACCAUAGUCAAAAGAACCAACCCUUUCACAAAAUCGGUCAUGAACUUCAAAAUGCCCGAAAACCUUACACUACCGUCAACCUUAAAACCUUACAACGGAAUAGGAGAUCCAAAUGUCCACGUAACCAAAUUCUACACUAUGAUGUUCAUGAAUAAGGAAUCCGACCCUAUUUUAUGCCGAACCUUCCCGACCUUCUUAGACGGAGCCGCACUCAUCUGGUUUUCCAAUUUACCCGAAGGCUCCAUCUCAAGUUUUGACGAGUUGGCCGACCAAUUCAUCAACCACUUCGCUGCCUCAAAAAUCUACGUCCAUAACUCAGACUACCUGAGCACAAUUAAACAGGGACCAAACGAAAGUCUAAAAGACUACAUGACCAGAUUCGCAGAAGCAACUAAUGAGAUACCCAACCUGAACCCCGAAGUCCAUCUCCAUGCCCUGAAAAGCGGCCUCCGCCCUGGGAAAUUCCAAGAAUCCAUUGUCAUAGCAAAACCUAGAACCCUGGCCGAAUUCCGAGAAAAGGCUACAACCCAAAUUGAAGUAGAGGAACUUCGAGCACUCAGAAGAGCAGAAAAACCCACACAAAACAGGGAGGAAGACAGGCGAAGCAGACACCCAGCCAACAGGACAGAUCAAAGGCCAUUCAGACUAACACCCAAGUUCGACACAUACACUCCCUUUAACACAAAAAGAGAGGACAUAGUGAAGGAUAUACUACACUCCAAACUCAUCAAACCACCAAGCAGGGCCGGCACCUACCAGGACCAGAGACACGUGGACAAAUCAAAGUACUGUGCUUUCCAUCAAAAACACGGCCACACGACGGACGAUUGCGUGAUAGCAAAGGACGUGCUUGAAAAGUUAGCACGCCAGGGGCUGCUGGACAAAUACGUCGAUACACGAAGUCAAAGGAAAAACACCGAAAGCCUCGGUCACCAACAAAAAACAAUCGACAACCCCUGA